AUGCAAUCCAUGAUGGGUAAGCGCCAGGAGGUUCGUUCAGGCGGGUUCCAGCAGCUGGCCCACCCUGACGUCCUCGCCGCCCGACACAUGAGCCGGCCACGUACGCCAACGCCUAGUCAGCGAUCUUCAGUGCAGCGCGAAAGACACCCGAGCUCUGAGAUCCAGCCUCAGGAGCAAUCACAGUCGCAGUCGCAAUAUUCUCCAAAGCGCAGCUCGCAGCUGGCGAAUGGCUCGAUGGAACGGAAUGAAAGCACUGAAACUGAUCGCAAGCCAUCCAUCAAGACGCAGGACUUUGUCGAGCAGGCUGGUGCCAUCAUGGCGAUGAUUCGCAGCGGAAUCAAACCCCCGAACGGACUUGACAGCGUGGAGGAGUCAGAAGAAGGCGACUAUGCCAGUCCAAGUCCUGAUAUCCAGGACGUGUCGUUUGAGGAGUCAACAAGGGAGCCUCUUUCCCGGCCACCAAGCCGCGACGGCAAGCCGGUGACGAGGGUUCCGCCUCGCCAGGAGAAUCCCGAAGUGCUGGAUUACCUGAAGAAAUAUCAGGAGCUCAGUGACAUGGGCGAUGUCAUCUCCUCGUCUUUGCGGUCUAUGGGUCUGGCCCAGGAUGCUAUCCGUGCCGCCCAAGAAGUGGAGAAGAUGGUUCAAGCGGGCCAGGACGUUUCCUAUCCCGACGACCUUGAUUCUUUGGAAGACAUCAUCAGCGACCCGCCUAACAUUCGAAUCAGCCGCGGACCAGCCGCGGACCAAGACGCAAUCGGACCAGACUACCCAUCCAAUAUCUCGGAUGGCUCGACAAAGAGCAUCCCCACCGGCUCAUCACGGGGUUCUGAGUCCAAGAAGACCAUUCUGCCAGCGAGCGUCGUUCAUCUGCUUCCUGAGUCUGUCGCGGGCAUGUAUCUCGACAAACAGCAAAAUAUCUGGGUCAAACGCAGGGCCGAGUCUGUCCGCAUCCACAACAUUCUGCCUUCCGAAGACAGCGAGGAUGACCCAUUUGCGAGCAUCCCCGACCUGACCGUUGACAUGACGAGGGAGAUGGAGAACCUGCGUCUGAACCCCUCGCAGCAGAUCCUCAGUGGCGACGAGAACGAGUCCUCUGGAGACUAUUCACGCACGCCGAGCACCCAACGCAGCAAGAGCUACGUCACCCUGUCACCGAACGGUGCGAUACCUGAGGGCAUGUCCCCCCAGGCGCAGGAGGAGCUCACAAAGCUCGAGAGCAUGGUCAACAGCCCAACAAGCGAUCGCGACGACUACGAGGAGGAGAUGCGCGUCGAAGACCGCAACCGCGUGUCGCCGUCGAGGAAGAACCUGACCAUUUCCUUCUCUUCGCCUAUUGCAUCCAUCAUUCACGACGUGGUUCCCGAGGACCUUGACAGUCUCGAGGACGACACGGGCAGCAUCUCGCACGCCGAAGGUGGAUCAUGGGUUGAGCAACAGGCCGAUAACCAGUAUCGCAGUCUCACGAAGAAUGCGCGCAAGAAGUUGCUGGCUCGAUCCAAGAAUAGCACGCGCAGGGCCUCUCGAAACCUCGCGGUUCAAGGACAAGCCUUCACGCCGCGUCCAGUGUCUCGCAUCGACGAACAGGAUGAAGACAGCCAGAACGAGCGUGCACAUGCCGAGAGCAGACAGAUCAGCAUCCUCGCUGACGCAAGUGUCGUCAGCCACCAGGAUCGCCAGACGAACCUCAGCUUCGUGGUGUCAACGCCCGCCGCUCACAACGGUGCCGGAGCCAUCAUCAGCCAAAACGUCGGCAACCUGUCUCUCAGCCCUCUGUCCGAGUUCACAAUGAACAAUCAGGACCAAUCAUUCGGGCUGGAGGUUAGCUACCUGGUGCAGGACCGACACUUGGUCACAGGUGAUGGUUCUAAGAAAGUGCUGUCCAUGACGGUCCGCGACCUUGUCGACCGACUGACCGAGGUGGAGCCUUUCGAGGCCAACUGGGACGACUUUAUGGAACUGGACGUCAGCGACAAACGGUUAUCGAGCCUGCACAUGCUGGAUGAGUUUUGCGGGCGACUGGUGUCACUGGACGCCUCGACCAACGCACUGUCACAUCUUGAUGGCGUGCCCUCGACGGUUCGCCACCUCAAGGCGUCCAGCAACCUGUUGACGGAGCUGACUUCCUGGGACCAUCUGUCAAAUCUACAGUACAUUGACGUGUCAAACAAUGAGCUGCGCAGCCUGGCUGGCCUCAGCAACCUCGUUCACCUGCGAGGCGUCCGCGCGGAUAACAAUAAGCUGACAUCGCUGGACGGUUUCCACUUCCACGACGGACUCCUGUCGCUGCGAGCGCGGGACAACCUGAUCGAGGAGCUCGAUUUUGACGGCACCAAGCUUGACCGGUUGGCAGAGCUGGACCUGUGCGGCAACAAGAUCCAGUCGAUUCGCAACUGGGAACAACUCCCGUCGCUGGAGACUCUCAAGGUGCAGCGCAACCAGCUUGUGGACUUGAACAACGAAGGGCCACUGCCAUGCCUUCGGCAUCUCGACAUUGGGGACAACGAUGUGGCAUCGCUCGACAUCAGCUCCAUGCCUUGCCUGCGCGUGCUGCACGCUGAUAGGAACCGCAUUAGCAGAAUCACUGGUUUCGCGCGUGCAAGGUAUCUAGACAGCAUAUCGCUCAGAGAGCAGCGCGGCGACGAGCCUCUCGAGCUAGCGUUCCUGUCAGCCGCCUAUGAGGUGCGCAAACUUUUCCUGUCGGGCAACUACAUUGGUCAAUUCGAGCCGCAGGUCGAUUUCCUCAAUCUGCAGCUUCUUGAGCUGGCAAACUGCGGGCUGCAGUCACUCCCGGAGAAUCUUGGCCAACUGAUGCCGAACUUGCGAUCGCUGAACCUCAAUUUCAACGCCAUUGCGGAUAUCAGCCCGCUGCGAUUCAUUCCGCGGUUGAAGAAAUUGCUCAUGGCCGGCAACCGACUGGCCAACUCGACGCAAGUAACGGAGGUGGUGACCGAGUUCCCGCACCUCAGCAAGCUGGAUCUGCGGGACAAUCCGAUGACACAGGGCUUCUACGCGCCACUGCAAGGCAUGGUGCCUGUGGAUCGCACGGGGUAUGUGGAUCCUUUCAUGCUGCCCGAGGCAGAUGCCGAGCGGGACGCACUUUUCGCGGGCCGACUGGACCAAGCGACACGACUGCGGCGCCGUCUGUACCAGGUGGUGUUUGUCGGGUGCUGCGCUCGGCUGAAAGAGCUGGACGGGCUGCCCGUCAAGCGCAGGGAGGCGCUGGCCAGGGAUGCAGCGUACGAGAUGCUAGUGAAGGAGGGUCUCCUACCGGGGCAGCAGCAGCAGUCCGAAGAAACGGGGGCUUUGGGGCCGACGCGCAAGGGCGGAGAGCAGCAAGCCAGACCGCACGAGCAGGCAGAGGCUGCUAAAUGCAGUGAUGACAGCAGUCGAUGGAAUGCGGAAGACAGCUUUGCCUGA